AUGGUGAAUGAAGGGGGUCAUCGGAGUCAGGAAGAGGGGCAGAAGAAGAAGACGGCGGUGGUUGAAGACAAGAAAGCCAGAAUCGUGACGUUCUCAAAGCGUCGUUCUGCACUUUUCAAGAAAGCCAGCGAGCUUUCUGCGAUGUGCGGUGCAGAGGUCGCCAUCAUCACCUUCUCGCCGUCCGGCAAACCCUACGCCUUCGGAAGCCCAAGCGUAGAGAAAAUCAUCAACAAGUACACUGCCGACAAUAACAUCACUGUUCCUCCACCUACUCUUACUGUUUCUGCUCAGUCUAGCAGAUUGGCUCAGCUUUACAAGGAAUAUGCUGAGUUGCAGGCUGAGCUUGAAGCUGAGGAAAGGAGAGGAGAAGAACUGAGACGAAGGAGGCCUCGUGAUUACCCAGACAUUAGCAAGAUGAACUGCGAGGAACUGGCAGAGUACAAGGCGAAGCUGGAGGAUUUCAAGCGCCGUAUGGAGGAGCACUUUGAGAAUCUGAACAAAAAUAACGCAGUUUGAUCGAUGGCUUUUGGCCAGAUCAGUUUCAGUGUUUGAGUUGUCGUUUUGCUUGUUAUGUCUGAUCUGAUCUGGCCCUUUGAGGUCCAUGCUUAAGUUUGCUGUUUGCUUCUCAAAAUAAUCUCUUGUACUUGCAAAAGAUGUGCGCAAGAGACUGGAAAUGAAUAAAAUAA